UUUCCCAGCAGCACCCCGGGCAAAGAGGUAAAAGAGCUGUUCUUCAGCACCGCGGAGUGAUCGGUGCAGGGGAGCUGUCCAUUUCAGCACCACCACGUUAAUGCAGUAGGUGGGAGCGGAACUAGCAAGGCAAGAAGAGGCGCGAGACACCGACGAGCAGCAUAUCCUGCAGCAAGCCUCCUGGUUCCCCUGAUCUUCGGAAGCUUUGCAGAGAGGGGGGAGGAAGGGAAAUCCGUCUUGCUUCUCCGGGAGAGACUCCCCCCUCCUCUGCCCAUUUUACCACCACUACCAACAUCACCACCAAUCACAACAACCGCUGCUCUGCCGCUGCCGUGAAGAGGGGGGUGAAAAGCCAUGGAAGGCAAAAUCUCAGCACCUGUUCAGCUGAAAUCAAGGGCUUACAAUAUACUGGCAAGUCUAGUUCGGUGGUAGAAAACGGGGAGCGGAGGGAAGAUCUGGAACGAGAGCGAGCCAACAGACGAACAAAAACCCCACCAAAAAAAAAAAAAAUAUCCGAAGAAGAUAACUGGAAAGAAAAGGGAUUUUUCAUGGCGCAGGCUGCAGAGCUGAGCAAGAAGACUGAAGGUUGCAUCUCUGCUCUUACAGUCUCUAACUGUCUAGGUCCAGAUAAUGAGAGAGUGUGUUGAGGAUGCUGUUUCUGUUGCCGCUGCUGCUGCUCCCCUGUUCACUGUGGAAGCCAUCUCCAAAUUAGCCAUUACAUAUGGAAACUGGAGACCAGAAUUUUAGAAAAAGGGAUUAAGGCAUCUCAUUUUUGGGGGGGUUAUCUAUUUUUUCCUUUAUUUUAUUUUUAUAUAAUAUAUAUAUAUAUAUAUAAUAUUAACCGCCGGAACGUUUCUCUUUUAAAAGGCAAGCCUCUUCCCGUGUGAUUUUUUUUCCAUUUACACUGAUUCCGUGGGCUUUCUUACCUCCCUUUUUUAUGUAUAGAUUUCUCUCUAUUGAUCUCGAAUAGAUACCCAUUAUAUUAUUAUUAUUGCUAUUAUUACUAUUAUUAUUCUUACUAGAGGAAAUAUUAUUCUUUUAUUUUAUUAUUAACAUACAAACACACACACACACACACACACAGCCCAAGAAUCAGAAGGCGUUGGGUAUUUGUAUAAUGAAGAAUUAUGGGGCUCUUUGACAGAGGUGUUCAGAUGCUUUUAACCACCGUUGGUGCUUUCGCUGCCUUCAGCCUCAUGACCAUAGCUGUGGGGACCGAUUACUGGCUUUACUCCAGAGGGGUUUGCAAGAUGAAAGGUACCGGUGAUAAUGAAACCAGCAAAAAGAACGAAGAAGUCAUGACCCAUUCUGGAUUAUGGAGAACCUGCUGCUUGGAAGGGAAUUUUAAAGGUCUGUGUAAGCAAAUCGAUCACUUCCUUGAGGACACAGAGUAUGAAGCCGACACAGCAGAAUAUUUCCUCCGUCUGAGUAAUAUAAUUGGCAUCAUUGUGUACAUAUCAGCCAAUGCUGGAGACCCCUCGAAAAGCGACUCAAAGAAGAAUAGUUACUCUUAUGGUUGGUCCUUCUACUUCGGGGCCCUGUCAUUCAUUAUAGCCGAGAUGGUAGGAGUGCUGGCCGUACACAUGUUUAUUGACCGGCACAAACAGCUGCGUGCCAGUGCUCAUGCCACAGACUACCUCCAGUCCUCUGCCAUCACCCGCAUACCCAGUUACCGCUACCGCUAUCAGAGACGCAGUCGCUCCAGUUCCCGUUCCACCGAGCCUUCACACUCCAGGGAUGCCUCUCCCGUCGGGAUCAAAGGGUUCAACACCCUCCCAUCAACGGAGAUCUCGAUGUAUACCCUAACCAGGGACCCCCUGAAGGCUGCCACUACCCCCACCGCCACCUACAAUUCAGACAGGGAUAACAGCUUCCUCCAGGUUCACAAUUGUAUCCAGAAAGAAAACAAGGACUCUAUCCACACUAACACAGCCAACCGCCGGACCACCCCCGUAUGAAGCCGUCGAGAGGGGCUGAAACAUGGGGGGGGGCUGGGAAGGUGGG